AUGAAAUUAUCAUCAGUCUUAGUUCAAGGUUUAUUAUUAUGUGGUAUCAUUGCUUCACCAGUUGUCACUACUCCAGAUGCUGAUAAUUCCACUGAUAUUUCUGCUCAAGGUUUUGGUGCAAAGUAUGAACUUUGCUUUGAUGAAAAUCAAGGUCGUUAUUGUACUGGUAAGAGUGUCAAAGCUUGUGCUAGAGCUUAUGAAACUGGUAAGGAUCAUUAUUCUCCUAAGGAUGCUACCAAUGCCUGUAAUUUCUGGUGCAGCAAGAUCAAGACUCUUGAUGAUUGUAGAACCAACAAGAAGAAGUUCAAUUAUCAUCCUAAAUGGGGUUGUAAAGAUCAAAUGUAUUCAUGUUUACAUUGA